UUAUCUAACUAAAGCCAUUUUUCUUCCACGACCGGAAGAAGAAAACCAGACGGAAAAAAUAGAGUCCUCAGGGAGGAAGCGGCGGAAAGAAGCUUCGAACGACGGCGAUCAAGGCGGAGGCGGCGGAGGAGUAGGAGAGAGAAACCGAGAGAAAGAGAAGCGCCACCACCAUCAUCGUCACCAGGAACACAAGAAAUCUAAGAAAAUGUCGACGACUCAGCAAGUUAGGGCAUCUCACAUCUUGAUAAAGCACCAAGGUUCUCGCAGAAAGGCUUCCUGGAAGGAUCCAGAAGGUGUUGUUAUCCUCAAUACUACUAAAGAAUCUGCAAUCUCUCAGCUCAAAUCGAUUCGCGAUGAUAUUCUUUCUGGAAACGCCAACUUUGAAGAUGUAGCUUCUCGAAUCUCCGAUUGCAGCUCUGCCAAGCGAGGCGGCGAUCUAGGUCCGUUUGGUCCGAGGCAGAUGCAGAAACCUUUUGAAGAUGCAACAUUUGCUCUAAAAGUUGGGGAGAUAAGCGACAUUGUUGAGACCGACAGUGGAGUUCACAUCAUCAAGAGAACAGGAUGAGUUGGUUGCCGGAGCACCAUGUGGAUUCCGAUUCCGAUUGUUUUGUUGAAUAGGCUUCAAAUUUUCAAGAAGAAAGUGUUUGGGAUGUUAGUUAUUUUACUGUGCUUUUACGAUACAAUGUUUGCCCGAUCAGGCUAUUGCGGUCGUGAUAAACGCUUUAUCGGAUUCGUAUUGAUUGAGGGAUAAUAGCUUUUAAUUCUCUCAUGUUUUGUUGUGUUCAAAGAUGUGUAAAACUACCAACCGGGUUGGCUAUAUUGAUGGAAACCGUGUUUUUGUCUAAAGACAUGCAUGAAUAGGCAAUAUGUUUCUCUCUUA